AUAAGAAACUUCACCAAGACCUGUCAGACGUGGCCUUCUGCACAGAAACACCAUCGAUAUUAAACAGACAAGGUGGUCGCUGGAUCUGUUUCUGCUAUGAUCCCUGACAGCAUGCCCGGUGCCGAGCAAGAGGAUCCAGUGGAACAGCCGUUGAGGAUCAUGUUUCUUGGAAAGAGUGGGGUGGGCAAGAGCUCGAGUGGAAACACCAUCUUCGGGCGACAUGUGUUCAGUUCAGAAAUGACGCUGGCUAGAGUCACCAGACACUGUGAAAAGAAGGUUGGGACGGUCAAGGAUGUGCCGGUCGAUAUAACUGGGAAAGUCAUGGAUGUGCCUGUCGCCGUGAUCGACACACCCGGCUUUUUUGAGACUGACCGCAACAAGGAGGAAAUUGAGCGAGAGAUUCUGAAGUGUGUCAAACUCCAAGAACCAGGACCUCAUGCCUUCGUGUAUGUUAUCUCUGUCGGAAGGAUGACUCAGGAAGAUCAAAAUACCAACGCAGUGAUCGAAGCAAAGUUUGGCCCGAGAGUGUGGGACUACACCAUUGUCCUGUUCACCCAUGGGGAUCGUUUGGAGGGAAAAACAAUAAACGACAUCGUCACUGUCAGUGACGACAACCUCCGCAACUUCAUCCGCAAGUGCAGCGGCGGGUUCCACGUCUUCAACAACAAGGACCCGGAGGACCAGGUCCAGGUGACCAGCUUCAUAGCAAAGAUCCAGACCCUGGUGGCCCUGAAUGGAGGGGGCCAUUACCACACAGCCCUGUAUCCUGAAGAGGAGAGGAAGAUUAGGAAGAGACAGGAGAGCAUCCUGGCAGAGAGAGAUAAGGAGAUCAGCAGCAAGGAGAGAGCGCUGCAGGAGCGUCACCAGGGAGAAGAGCUGGAGGAGAAGAAGAUGGAGCUGUGGAGGAAAGAGGAGUUCAACUCAAGACUGGCUGCAGAGAAGGAGAUCAGGAGGUUCUCGAACAUGUGGAAUAUUUUUAGAUACAUCCUAAUCCUGGGAGGCAUAGCACUGGCACUGAUACCAGUCCUCUGUCCUGAGACUACCACAACCUACCACAAUAAUGAGGAGCUCAGGAUUGUGAUGGUGGGGAAGACUGGUGUUGGGAAAAGCGCCACAGGAAACACCAUUCUGGGAAACCAGAGCUUUAAAUCAGACGUAUCAGCUGAAUCUUUGACAACACACUGUGCUAAGGCCUUUGGUGAGGUUGAUGGACAAAAGGUUGCUGUUAUCGACACUCCAGGUCUGUUUGACACCAGGAUUGAUGAAGAGAAAACAAUUAAAGAUAUUGCUCAGAGCAUUUCUUAUUCUUCUCCUGGACCCCAUGUCUUCCUUGUCGUCAUCAGACUGGGCAGAUUCACAGAAGAAGAACAGAAGACAGUGCAGACGAUUCAAGAAAUCUUUGGAGAGGGAGCAGACAAAUACAGCAUGGUUCUCUUUACCCAUGGCGAUCUGCUCAAAGGGAAACCUAUUGAGGAGUUCCUGCUGGGCAGCAAAGAACUGCAGGAACUUGUGGCCAAAUGUUACGGCCAGUACCAUGUCUUCAAUAAUGACAUGAAGGAUCGUACUCAGGUCAGGCAGCUGCUCAACAAGAUCAGAAAUAUAACAGAGAAGAACGGUGGAAGCUAUUACACCACUGAAAUGUUCCAGAAAGCAGAAAAGGCCAUAGAAGAGAGGAAACAACAAAUCCUCAAAGAGAAAGAAGAGCAAAUACGCAAAGAGGAGGAGGAAAUAAACAAGAAAUUAAGCGAAAAGUUUGAGAAACUAAUGAUAGAGGUGAAAGCUGCCAGUGAGAGGGAGAAAUUAAGGGAAGUUCGUGAAAGAGAAAUUGAGGCGGAAAAAAAAAAACUCAAAGAAAGGCAUGACCGAGAGGCUAGAAUGGAAGCUGAGAACAGCACUCCAAUAUACAACCUGUUAACUUCUGUAAUUAAUGGUAUUAAAAUAAUUAAAAAAGUAGUGGAUCUUUUCUUGAAAUAAACUCUUUGAUUUUGUGAUACUGGGCUGCAGCAGAUUAACUAGCUGCUGUGACUUCAUGAUAUUUACAUUCCAGUUUUUGGUUUUCUCAGUGGGCCUGAUUUGUAAUAAUAGCAGUUACUUAGUGCAUUCUUUAUUACAUAUUUGCAUUUAAUCUUGAAUUCUGGAUAUUGGAUUUAAUGGAUUUCUACAUCUGUUAUUGAUACUUCCAUAGUUGCACUAUUUGAUAUAUCAUAUGCCUUUUAUAUUUUUGCACUCUUUUUUUUUUCAGGCAACAGCUGCACAACAAUAAUCCCCAAGAUAAAAUUACUCUUAUCGCUUAUCUUAUUUUGUAAUAGUAAGUCUGACAAGAAUUGUAACUGGGAAAAGAUCAUUAUGUGGCCUACUGGAAAUUUGAAAGAUGUCAUUGUUUUAGUUUUAAAUUGUAUAUCAUUUCUGUUUUCAUUGUUUGACUUGAUUUUCUUGAUAAUGAUUUACCUAAUAAAAGUUUUGUUUUGUUUUGUUUUGUUUGAUGUCACUUCAUGACAAAUAAACCAAACGAAUGUCACAGGUGUUAA